AUGUCUCUUACUCCGCACAUAACUCAGCUUGCACCCGGGGUUUCCCUCCUUCGACCUCUGUCCCGGCGUGGCCACGGACCUGGGCUGAUUGUAUUGGGCUCAUGUACUCCUCCUGCAGAUGGCAAUGAGGUCGACAAUGGAAUCCCCUCGCACCGGAUGAAAUGGGCAGAGGAAGGCUAUACCGUGGUUGAGAUACUCACACAGGCUUGCACUGAAAGCAAAGAUGUACUUGCCCACGCGUUGUCGGCGUUGGGAAAUUGCGAAACCUGUGUUCCCAGUGACAAGACAGGCCUUGUUGUUUAUGAUCCAAGCGUGUGGCCACUAAUUGCGCCAACGCUGGUUAAUCAUCCGGCCAUUGUUGGUGCUGUUUUAUACACCUCCAAGGCAAUUUCGAACGCUCGGGCUGCCAUACCCAUGCUGCAGCACGUGGUUGGGCAGAGUACCGAAAAGGCAAUCCGAGAGGAAGACUUCAUGGUCUAUCAAUAUCCCAAGAUAGAAUCGCAUCUGUUUGCUACUCCGUUCCACGAGGGAUUCGAUUAUAUCAAUGAAGCGGUUUCCCACACACGGAACCUAACGUUCCUGAAAAAGUAUAUGGGAGGGCCAUAUUUCGACCUGGAAGCGAUCUGGGAAGAGCAUACCUAUUAUGAAUUCACCACCCGGUCCGUCCCAGAUACGAUGGCUACCAUGGUUCAGGAGCCAUAUGUGAAUCACAUUCCCACUUUGACGGGUGGUAUCGGACGCGCUCGACUUACAGACUUUUACCAAAAUCACUUUGUCUUCCAAAAUCCGGCAGAUACUGAAGAGGAGCUUAUCAGUCGCACCGUGGGAAUCGACCGAGUCAUAGAUGAAUUUGUGCACAAAUUCACGCACGACAUGCAGAUAGACUGGCUGCUCCCCGGUAUCCCUCCCACAGGGAAAAGGCUCGAAAUUCCUUUUACAGCAGUCGUGAACAUCCGGGGUGACCGCUUGUACCACGAACAUAUUGCUUGGGACCAAAGCACGGCAUUGAGGCAAUUAGGUCUCCUGCCCGACUAUCUUCCAUAUCCAUAUGCCUUACCCGACGGGCGAACGCCAGGCCCCGGCAAGCGAUUUGAGUAUAAAGUGCCCGCUGCUGGAAGGGAUACGGCGGAAAAGAUGCGAGACAAGAACAGUAUCGAGUCAAACCAGAUGUUUGCCUCGGAGGUUCGCGAAGUCGAUUUGCAGUUAGUUACUUAUUUAUGUGUUCCCAGCACUGACCGAGAUAUACUCCGUACAUACAAGCGGAAAACGCCGCCAAUAUCAGAUCUCCGAGUGGCAUACUUAAAAGUACAGAUGGAUCAAGAUGCCAUGCCAGAGUCUAUCGGAAAGGCUCUAGAGACAUCCAAUGUUUCUUUAAACGAAACGAAAGAAGCCCCAGCUCAGCAGCAAGAGGUUGCCAACAGCGGAUACAACAAUGCAGAGAACCGAUUCGACACGGGUUUCCUGGCGUGGUCGCAGGUAGCGGGAUCAUUCUUCUUAUUUUUCAAUUCAUGGGGCCUUAUCAAUACAUGGGGCGCUUUCCAGACUUAUUACGAGGAUCAGAUUCUAUCCAGCGAAUCUGCAUCUGAUCUCGCCUGGAUUGGAUCUAUCGAAUCCUUCCUGCUCAUGUUUUUUGGAGUCAUUACCGGUCCUCUCUUUGAUGCUGGUUACAUCUAUAUCCUGCUGCCGCUCGGAAGCUUCAUGGUUGUUUUCGGGUAUAUGAUGACCAGCCUGGCCACCGAAUACUACCAAGUUAUGCUUGCGCAAGGCAUCUGUGUUGGCAUCGGUGCUGGAUGUCUAUUUGUGCCCUCUGUGGCAAUAUUACCACAGUAUUUCCAGAAAAGGAGAGCCCUCGCAAACGGAAUAGCCGCGUCGGGGAGCAGCUUCGGCGGUGUCAUCUAUCCGAUUAUGUUCAACCAACUCCAAAAAUCCGCUGGGUUCCCAUGGGCUGUUCGAGCCAUUGCCUUCUUGUCUCUGGGCACCUGUAUAUUCUCUUGCUCUGUCAUGCGUCCGCGCUUCAAACCAAAGGAAAGACGAGCUUUAGUGCAGCUCUACGCUUUCAAAGAGGCCCAGUAUACGCUGUUCGUGAUCGCACUGUUCUUUGGAUUCUUGGGCUUCUACAACUUCCUGAUCUAUGUCCAGCCAUGGGCCAUUCAGACUGGCGUCAUUAACGCCAAUCUCGGCUUCUAUCUCGUCCCCAUCCUGAACGCUGCCUCGACAUUUGGUCGUAUCACGCCCAACAUGUUGGCCGACUUCACGGGACCUCUGAAUAUGCUCAUGCCCGCUGUGACUGUCACAGCACUGCUAGCUUAUUGCUGGAUUGCCGUCAACUCCGCUGCAGGCAUCAUCGUUCUGAGCGCCUUUUACGGUUUCUUCUCCGGAAGCUUCGUCUCUAUGCCCCCCGUCGUUAUGAUGACCCUCACCAAGGACUUUCGAGACCUCGGCACGAGGCUCGGCAUGUGUUUCUGUAUUUGCUCGUUUGCUCUCCUAAUUGGUACACCGAUUGGAGGCUCCAUUCUUUCCGACACUGGCUCUUACCUCGGCGUGAAAGUAUUCUGUGGAUCUUGUCUUGCUCUUUGCGCUAUUAUCUUGGUUUUUAUUCGCAUUAUGCGUGUUGGAUUGACUCUCAAGAUUUGA